UGUUAAGCUGUUCGCCUGUUCGCUCACUCACACUCACACUCACACUCAUUCACUCUUUAACACACACAGAAUAUUAAAAAGUUGGGCAAAGUCUGCUGCGCGACCAGGAGCCAGGAACUCACUCGUGGACGUCGGACCCUCUCUCAGACGCGCGCGCACACACACACAUACACACACACACACACACACACCCUCUCUCUCUCUCUCUCUCUCUCUCUCUCUCUCUCUCUCUCUCUCUCUACCUCUCCCUCUCUCUCUCUCCCUCACUCUCACUCUCUCACUCACCAUACCCUCUCCUGACAGAGAAGACACAGGACCCUCCAGCAGCCACUGUCUCCACAGCCAACCUCUGCCAGUCAUUACUGCCCAGGAUGUGGGCUCUCUUUGUCGGGCUCACCUUUGGAUUACUGGCCUCAGCCAGGUCAAACACACCUGAAGUUAAGUCUCGCAGUUGCACACAUCAUGGUGUGUUCCACGUGGAAGGCCGUGAUCGCUAUGUGCUUACGCAUGUCGAUGCAGAGGCCCUGUGCCAGGACCUGAACACCACACUGGCAACAAGAGAGCAGGUGGAAAAUGCUUACAACAGCAACAUGGAGACCUGUAGGUAUGGGUGGAUUGCUAAUAUGAGCAUUGCCAUUCUCCGACAUACAGCACACGAAAAGUGCUUCUUAAACCAGACUGGCAUCUCCAUCAAGGCUGCAAAUGCAAGUGAUCUUAGUGAUGCUUACUGUUAUGAGGAAACAGAUUCGGCAGAUUUGAAGAACUGUGACAAAGCCAUCAACCCUUCUUCUACAAACCCUGACAGCAGUGAAGAUGCUACCACUGAGGCACCAGUCUCUGGAGAGCUCACAGACGGCCCAGAUUCCACCGCUGAGCCCACGUUAGAACCGGGCCUGGUCCCGGUCAACCCAACCACUGACGUCCUGGUGGAACCACGCAACGAUACGACGUCUGAACCGUUAGACUUUGGGGAGGAUCCCACAGAUGCGUCCGACCUCAGCACAGAAGAGGGUGUGAUGGGUGAGAGGGGGUUCAACACAACGGCAGUGGGCCCAGAAGAGGACCAGAGGACCAGCCCAACAGAGAAGACCACAGUUUCGUUUCGUUUUGACGAGACCACGGGCUCAGGGAUCCUGCCUUCAGAGAUACCUAAACCGGACGACGAGGUUAUGGAGGCAAAACCAACCCAGGCCAACCCAAACAGCAACACAGUGAAUGCUCCUAAUUCCCGCAAGAAAGUGGAUGGUCUGGAGCAGCCUGAGAAGCAAGAGGAGAAGGAGGGCAAUGAUUGGUUGGUCAUUAUUGGAGUGCUGGUGGCGCUUGCAGCAAUCGUUCUCGUUUGUGCCGCUGUUGUGACGAGGAAAAGAUGGUGUGGAAAGCACCAGACGCUGAACAUCAGCAAGAACGGCGGCGGCGGCGGCGGCGAGGGCAACGGGUCAGCGGCGGCGGUGGUGGGCUCCCGCGCCGAGGAGCGCGAGCAGGAGAUGGUGACGCUCAUGAACAAGGAGAAGAUCCAGGAGAACGGCAACGCCGAAGAGUUCACCGCCAUCAACAUCGAGGGCUCCUCGGAGAAGGCGUGAAGAGGCGGGGGGGUGGGGGGCCGAGGCGGAGCCCUGUGGGUGAGCCGGAGGGAAAGAGAAAGAUAAAGAGAGAAAGUGUGUGUGUGUGUGUGUGUGUGUGUGUGUGAGAGAGAGAGAGAGAGAGAGAGAGAGAGAGGGUGAGCGGCUACAGCAGCUAGACGGCAGGGGACACGUGCUGAGAGAGGGCAUGGGGGAGUAGGGAGAUGUGUAGAGCGACAGCCUGAAACUGAAAUCUGAGGCUGCCUCAACAGCUUGUGAGGAUUUUGCUUGAGUACACACACACGUUGUGUAUUUGCCUCUGUAUGUGUGUGUGUGUGUGUGUGUGUGUGUGUGUGGAUGUGGAUGUGAGAUUUUAUGAAUAUAGAUGAAGAGAGAAUGCAUGUUUAUGUGUAUGCAUACGGUAUAUGUAUUUGUAUGUGUAUGUGUAUGUGUGAGUAUUGCGGGGAUGGGCCGUGUAUAGAUUGUAAUGUUAGGGUCAGUCAGUCCAUUUCUUACUGAAAAUGAUAAAUGAUAAUCAAGUCAAAGAUAUUGGUUCAAAGCUGUACAUAGGGCGCUCAGAGCAAUGGUUUUUAAUAAGCUUGGCCUUAGGAUGUUUCAGGUUAGUCAUAGAGACAGAACAGGCAAUACUGUGGCGAAGGGGCGGGCAAUGAUGGCUGAAUGAUUCAGGAUUUCUAAACGUUUUCGUUGUUUUGUUUUGUUUUGUUUUUCCUGCUGGAACAGUUUGAAAAUGGACAGAGCAGUCCACAGGAAAUUGUUUGAGUGUUUUCUGUUUUCAGUGUAUUUCAAUCGUUGUUUCUUUCCAUUAACAUAUUGUGUAUGUUUCAUAUUGUUUCCUGUGGAUUUGGGAUUUUUAUGUUUUAGAUCAAGACAAACAAGACGUUACUAUUUUAAUUUAUGAUUUUUGGCUGGUUGUUUGUGUAUACUAUAUUCUCAUUAGUUAGCGUGCAUCAGCAGACCCAACUCAGAAGUCAAUCCUUUUUUUAUUAUCAAUUAAGACUUUUACACCUUUGAAAUUAAUAUUUAACCAGCGGUCAUUUAGGCAGAUUGUGAUCAUAUUCAAUACAAUAUCCAGACACUUGUCAUCUUUCAUGUAAAUGUAAUUUUCUCAGAGACAAUGACAAAGACUUUAUUUGCUCAAAAUUUAAGUUUGAUAGUAUUAUGAUUCUGACUGUGACAGACACACACACACAAACACACACACAUGAUCAAAGCAAUCUAUAACAGAAUGACUAAUUAAAUAUGUGUUAUUAAACCACAAAAGGGGCUGGACAUGGAAUCCCCUGAACACUGCAAAGGGGAGACACGUUCAGAAUGAUAUUCAUUCACAUCACUCCAUUGUCAGGGUGCUGACUCAACUGUAUCCCUUCCUGUUUGUAAUGCUGUCGCCUUUGAUUGAUUCUGAAGACAAAAUAGCAAAAUGUAUUAGCAUAGGAGUAUGUUAUGAGUGUGUAACAAAGACUUAACAAACGAUCAUGGCUUAGAAAUAGGCUUGUGAAGUCCUGGGCUGAAAUAAAAAAAGAAAUGUCAAGUAAAACAUGAAA